AUGUUUCUCCUAAAAUCAUUUUUAAAUGUAUUCUUUCAGGUUGCCUGUUGUGACUGUCCUCUUACCUUUGUAUCCCACAAAGCUUUCGUGGACCAUGUAAUCAAUGCUCAUCGAGUCGGAGGUUUGGUGCAUCGCGAUUUCAAUGACAUUGGGGAAUAUGAGGAGUGGUUCAAUUCGGUUCAAGAUGUUUUUUCCGUUACUUAUGUCAAACGUAUGGGGAUAAAACAGGGCAACGACUAUCAGGUUCUGUAUCUGUACUGCGCCCGCAGUGGUGGUUUCCGUCCAAAACAAGUACCAGGUCGUGAUUAUUUUCCGGAGUUCACAAAGCGCCGCCUCACUCGACGUCCGACCAAAUGUGGGCGUAAUUGUGCAGCGUUUCUUCGUAUUAUCCAUUGGAUCGAUGGACGUCUCACCGUAAUUGGAUGUGUUGAGCACACAGGCCAUCGUAUGGGUACUGCGUUGCUUAGACUUAGCGUCAACGAGCGAGUUGUUCUUGAUGAGUACCUCUACGUAGUGGAUGAGAAGAUGCCGCUCGACGCAAUGCUGGAUCGCAUUCGUGUAAUGGUUCUAAAAUGUUGUUGCGUAACUAUUGCAGAAGUGGAAGGAUUCACUAUGGAUGGUUUUGAUGUUUCGGAAAGAAGUGUCGAAGAUAUGACGAGAUUUGUGAUGAACGAGAAUGAGUUUGUCUCGCUGAAAGUGCUAUUUGAGGUUCGUUAAUG